AAUGGUCUCACAUGAUCAUUUGAGUUUUACUCUAAACUUUGCUCUCUUAAUCCUCCAACCACUAUACUCUAAAUCCCUUCAAAGAUUAUGCUAAUCAUCAUGAUUAAUUACUAUAAAUAAAUUGAAAACCGAAGGAAGUAGUUGAUAUAUAUUUGCAAAGCAAAGUCCCCUUUUGAGGUAUUGCAUUUUUUGCUACGCUUAAAGAUGGCUCAUGGAUUCUCCCUUCAAAAGAUAGUGAAGACCACACCUUCAAAGGCAUUAGUUAUUAGAAUCAACUUGGUUUUCCUAGCUUUCUUUCUUGUUAUCUAUGCCUCUCUUCUUCUCCGGCCAUCAUCUUCGGUAUAUUUUGAUAAUGCAGCUUCUCUCGUUAGGUGCUCACUUCGCGAGUGCCAUCACAAGAUGGAAAAUGGUGUUAAGAUGAAAGCAGUACUGGAAGAGUCUCAACCCGAUACAAGAAAGCCAAGAGGAAACAUGACCAAGAUUGAGAUGCUAAGCUUCAUGAAAGAAAUAGGCAAAGGAAUGAAGAUUGCCAUGGUGAAUAUGGAAGAGAAUGAUGUCAGUGAUUGGAAAAUACAUGGAGAGACAAUACCAAUACAUUUUGAAAGGGUAUCUGAGUAUUUCAAAUGGGAAGAUUUAUUUCCUGAAUGGAUUGAUGAGGAGGAAGAAUUUGAAGGUACAUCCUGUCCAGAAAUACCAAUGCCAGAUUUUAAAGCUUAUGAUGAUAUGGACGUAAUAGUAGCCAAAUUGCCUUGCAAGUAUCCUCAAGAACUAUGGAAUAGAGAGGUGCUUAGGCUUCAAGUUCAUCUUGUAGCAGCAAAUUUGGCAAUGAAGAAAGGUAGGAGGGAUUGGAGUUGGAAGACUAAAGUAGUGUUUUGGAGCAAAUGCAGGCCAAUGCUUGAGCUGUUUAGAUGUGAUGACUUGGUAAAACAGGAAGGUGAUUGGUGGUUCUACGAGCCGGAGAUGUCAAUCCUUGGACAAAAGCUUUCACUGCCUGUUGGUUCUUGCAAGCUUUCUCUGCCCUUGUGGGCACAAGGUAUUAACAAUAUUUUUGAUCUCUCAAAGAUUGAAAGCACCACAAAGACAAGCAAAAGAGAAGCCUAUGCCACAGUCUUGCAUUCAUCAGAAUCCUAUGUUUGUGGAGCCAUAGCACUUGCUCAAAGUCUUCGCCAAUCAGGCACUAAACGUGAUCUUAUCAUUCUCUUAGACAAAUCUAUCUCUGAAUCCAAACGGGAAGCUCUCGCUGCAGCCGGAUGGAAGAUCCGACUGAUUAAGAGAAUUCGGAACCCUCGAGCCGAAAAAGACUCAUACAACGAGUACAACUAUAGCAAGUUCAGGCUGUGGCAGCUUACUGAUUAUGACAAAAUUAUAUUUAUUGAUUCAGACAUAAUAGUUUUACGUAAUCUUGACAUCCUCUUUCACUUUCCUCAAAUGUCCGCCACGGGAAAUGAUAUAUGGAUCUUUAAUUCAGGUAUUAUGGUAAUAGAGCCAUCAAAUUGCACGUUCAAAUUCUUAAUGGAUCGACGAAAGGAUAUUAUCUCCUAUAAUGGAGGCGAUCAAGGUUUCCUUAAUGAAGUAUUUGUGUGGUGGCAUAGGUUACCAAGAAGGGUGAAUUUUUUAAAGAAUUUUUGGGCUAAUACUACACUUGAGGCAGGUGUCAAAAACGAGCUAUUUGGAGCCGACCCACCAAAAGUAUAUUCAAUACAUUAUUUGGGACUAAAGCCUUGGAACUGUUAUAGAGACUAUGAUUGUAAUUGGAAUAUUGGGGAUCAAAGGGUUUAUGCAAGUGAUGUUGCACAUAAAAGAUGGUGGAAAUUUCAUGAUGGGAUGGAUGAGAAAUUGCAGAAAUUUUGUGGGUUAACAAAGCAGAGAAAGAUAGAAUUGGAUUGGGAAAGAAGGGUGGCUAGACAGACAGGUUUUCUUGAUGAGCAUUGGAAGAUUAAUAUUACAGAUCCUAGACGUAAACAUUUGAUUUAGAGAUAAGUUGUAUCAGAGUUUUGAUUUGGUUUCCUUUUCCCUUUUGUUUUUCCUCCUUUUUCUUUCUAUUUUCUUUUCUUUCUAUCUAAUUUUGUAUUUUGUAGAAAAUUAUAUGGAAUGUUUCUCCAUAUAAGUUAUAUGUGAAUAGUUAAAUAUUCUAGACAAA